AUGAAGGUCAUUGGAUUUUUCAUUUUUCUAAUUUUUUUGGUGGUAAAAUCGAAAGGAAAAUACGUUGAAGGACAUAUAAAAACUUUGGAGGAUUGGGUAUUUGUGUCAAGAUUUUGUUUUCUAUCAGAAAGUGGACAUUAUGAGUACUUUAUUGAGUACGAGAAGAAAUAUGGAGACUUACAGUUACUUCUUUACUAUGAUGAACCCCAUCAAUGGCAUUCAGUUUACAAGACAUCAAAGUCGUGUCAGGAAAAAUCUUCAGUACUCUCAGUUCUCGAUAAUCAAAUCGUAACACUGUCUGCUAGAUCACCAUACUACAUCAAAUCUGGAUGUACUUUAAGAACAUCUCCGCCUAAAAAUCAGGCAACAGAGCAAUCUACAAGCACUGAAAGUUCACAGUCUACAAAAAAAUCUAGUGAUGAUCUUGACUCGACAUACUUUGACAAGUUUUUAAAAUCCACAACCGAAAUGCCUACUUCAAUUGAUGACCAGAACAGCUCAUUUACUUACUCAACAGAAGAGAACUUUACAUUCACGGAUGUGGAUAUUGAGAACUUUAAUUUUACAGAUUCUGACUACAAAACUCUGAUUUAUGACCAAAGUUCGCAAGAUAAUAAUCUAGAAAACACGACAGAAUAUCGUGCAGACGUUGAAGAGAUGUUUGAGAAUGAUAAUUUAAAUCGGACCAAACGGCAAGCUCUGCCGCGAUUUUUUGACCAGAACAAAAAGCAAACUAUAAUAGUAUCAUGUCAUAAUACAGGAACAUUCACAAGUGCUCGUCAAAGAUGGUGGUAUAUUGCACUAGCGAAUUGUGGAAGUAGCAAAGGAAUUGAUGUAAAGUUUAAAUUUAAAAUGACAAACGGUCCGCUUGGAGAUUUUUGGCAUGAACAUUUUUCUGCAGAUGAAAUGUAUAUUCCACCUGUUCUAUUAGCCCAAAUCUUGCUCUACACUUUCUUAUUACUGGCUAUAUUUUUGUGUGGUUUGGAAUUAAAGACAAGGCAACUAUAUCAUUGCACUUAUCGAUUAUUUACACUGAGUGCUAUGCUCCAAUGGUCUGGAGUAUUACUUAAUUCAGUGACUUGGGCAAAAUAUGCAGUUAGCGGAAUUGGACCGUUCACAAUAUUUGGAGGAUUUUUCACAGGUGCUAGUGAAAUUGCCUUCUUAUUGCUACUAUUGCUAAUGGCUAAAGGAUAUACGAUUACAAGGGCGCGACUAUCAACAUCAUCAACUGUAAAGAUUACUGUCUUUAUUAAUCUUUACAUUGUCGUGUACAUUUCACUUUACAUCUAUCAGGCAGAGGCAUUUGAUCCUGGUGAAGUACUUAACUUGUACGAAAGUUCUGCUGGUUAUUUCAUUGCUGGCUUACGAUGCUUUUCAUGGGCAUUCUUUUUGAUUGCGUGUACGACAACCAUAAAGAAGUUCCCAGAAAAGAGGAAAUUUUACUUUCCAUUCAGUAUUUUGGGAUCAUUUUGGAUAUUAGCUGGUCCACUUUUAAUUUUUAUGAUUGUUGGCCUACUUGAUCCUUGGGUUCGUGAAAGUGUGGUGUUUGCUGCAUUUGCUAUAAUCGCAUUUACUGGACACGUAACAUUUUUAUGGUUAACUUGGCCAUCUAGAGCUAAUGGCUUCUUUCCUUAUCAUGUAAAAACAAAUCAUAUUGGAGUCGCAAGCAAUGACGAUGAUGGUGCAGAUUAUCCACGGCAUACAUAUGAACCGGCAACAAUUCCUGAUGCUACAAUUAUAAUUCCACUUUCACGAAGAACUGAAGAAUUUGUACACAGUACAGCCGGAAUUUAUAAUGCCGGCUUUGUUCGUGACGAAUACACUUUUCGUACAAAUGCUCCGCUCUCAAUACCACAACAAUGUAUGCCUUCACAAAACAUCCAUCAUCGAUUGCCAUCGCCUACACAUGAGCCACCUCCAUUAAUGAGCUUAACAAAUGAGAGAUUGUGUGGAAAAGAUAUAUUGCACAAUUAUGACGAUGAUGAAGUAGAGGAGGAUAAUGAUUCAUUGGAAACAGAAAGUGGAAUUGUGAAAAAUUCUGCCGAGACAUCAAAUAAUCGUAUGUCUAGCUUUGAAAGUGAAGAAAGUGUCAUGCAGCCUGGUAGACGAAAUAUUAGUCAAGAUAAUGAUUCUGGUCAUUUAUCACUAGAAGCCUCAACUAGCCCGAAUUCUAAUGAACAUUCAACUCCUCUAAAUGAUUCACUUGAAAGCAACAAACCAAAUUCACCAGACACGCUACCACAAAUUUUAAAAGAUAAUCCAUUCAAGGCGAAAGCACCAAACAAAAUAAUUUUAGAUCCAAUCAAAUUACCUACAAAAUUGCCAUCAAUGAGUGAGAACCAAGAGGUUCCUAGGCACCUGUUCACAGUCAAGAAAACUGAGCAGCAUUAAAACAAUACAUUUAGUUUAGAUUGUAGAUUGCACUGGAAAUAAUUAAUUUAAUGAUGUUUUAUAUAAUGACAUGUGAAAAUUUAUC